CAUUUGACAACCAGUCGUUCAGAUUUUCGAACCGAUAGUUAAAUUGAGUGGAAGUUAUACUGACAAGAUGCAGAUCUUCGUGAAAACUUUGACAGGAAAGACCAUCACAUUAGAAGUUGAGCCAAGUGAUACCAUCGACAAUGUCAAGGCCAAAAUUCAAGACAAAGAGGGAAUUCCUCCUGAUCAACAGCGUCUAAUUUUCGCUGGGAAACAACUCGAAGAUGGCCGGACACUAAGUGACUACAACAUCCAGAAGGAAUCGACCCUCCAUCUUGUCCUUCGUCUCCGAGGAGGAAUGCAAAUCUUCGUGAAAACUCUCACAGGAAAGACCAUCACAUUAGAAGUUGAACCAAGUGAUACCAUCGACAAUGUCAAGGCCAAAAUUCAAGACAAAGAGGGAAUUCCUCCUGAUCAACAGCGUCUAAUUUUCGCUGGAAAACAACUCGAAGAUGGCCGGACACUGAGUGACUACAACAUCCAGAAGGAAUCGACCCUCCAUCUUGUCCUUCGUCUCCGAGGAGGAAUGCAGAUCUUUGUGAAAACUCUCACAGGAAAGACCAUCACAUUAGAAGUUGAACCAAGUGAUACCAUCGACAAUGUCAAAGCCAAAAUUCAAGACAAAGAGGGAAUUCCUCCUGAUCAACAGCGUCUAAUUUUCGCUGGGAAACAACUCGAAGAUGGCCGGACACUGAGUGACUACAACAUCCAGAAGGAAUCGACCCUCCAUCUUGUCCUUCGUCUCCGAGGAGGAAUGCAGAUCUUUGUGAAAACUCUCACAGGAAAGACCAUCACAUUAGAAGUUGAACCAAGUGAUACCAUCGACAAUGUCAAGGCCAAAAUUCAAGACAAAGAGGGAAUUCCUCCUGAUCAACAGCGUCUAAUUUUCGCUGGGAAACAACUCGAAGAUGGCCGGACACUGAGUGACUACAACAUCCAGAAGGAAUCGACCCUCCAUCUUGUCCUUCGUCUCCGAGGAGGAAUGCAGAUCUUUGUGAAAACUCUCACAGGAAAGACCAUCACAUUAGAAGUUGAACCAAGUGAUACCAUCGACAAUGUCAAGGCCAAAAUUCAAGACAAAGAGGGAAUUCCUCCUGAUCAACAGCGUCUAAUUUUCGCUGGGAAACAACUCGAAGAUGGCCGGACACUGAGUGACUACAACAUCCAGAAGGAAUCGACCCUCCAUCUUGUCCUUCGUCUCCGAGGAGGAAUGCAGAUCUUUGUGAAAACUCUCACAGGAAAGACCAUCACAUUAGAAGUUGAACCAAGUGAUACCAUCGACAAUGUCAAAGCCAAAAUUCAAGACAAAGAGGGAAUUCCUCCUGAUCAACAGCGUCUAAUUUUCGCUGGGAAACAACUCGAAGAUGGCCGGACACUGAGUGACUACAACAUCCAGAAGGAAUCGACCCUCCAUCUUGUCCUUCGUCUCCGAGGAGGAAUGCAGAUCUUUGUGAAAACUCUCACAGGAAAGACCAUCACAUUAGAAGUUGAACCAAGUGAUACCAUCGACAAUGUCAAAGCCAAAAUUCAAGACAAAGAGGGAAUUCCUCCUGAUCAACAGCGUCUAAUUUUCGCUGGGAAACAACUCGAAGAUGGCCGGACACUGAGUGACUACAACAUCCAGAAGGAAUCUACUCUCCAUCUUGUCCUUCGUCUCCGAGGAGGAUACUAAUGAACACAAAUUCUUACGUAAUAUGAACACAAAAAUCCUUAAUGGUAGUUUUUUUAUUUUAAAUGUUGAAAGCACCUGACUGUUUUUUGUUGAAAUUGAAAGAAUAUAAAAGUUUACCAAUUUAAA